AUGACCAAAGUGCCUCCGCGCAAUUAUAAAAAUGUGGCCCCGGGGUCCGCCCAGCAGCAUCCGCCCUCACCUGCUGCGCCCACUGGCCCGCGUCCAGCCGCCCCGCUCGGUGUCCGCGCCCUCCGGUUCAGCAUGCGAUCCCCACGCGGCCUGCUCCUUCUCGGGUCUGCCCUGGUCCUCCUGAGCCACCUCAGCCUGGCCAGGAACCUGCCCGUGGCCUCACCAGGGCUGGGGAUGCUCCAGUGCCUUAACUACUCCCAGAAUCUGCUGAGAGCUGUCAGCAGCACCCUGCACAAGGCCAGACAAGCUCUAGAAUUUUACUCCUGCACUCCUGAAGAGAUUGACCAUGAAGAUAUAACAAAAGAUAAGACCAGCACAGUGAAGGCCUGCGUACCACUGGAGUUAGUCAAGAAUGAGAGUUGCCUGGCUUCCAGAGAGACCACUUUAAUAACUAACGGGAGCUGCCUAUCUCCUGGAAAGACGUCCUCUGUGGUGAGCCUGUGCCUCAGUAGUAUCUAUGAGGACUUGAAGAUGUACCAGGUGGAGUUCAUGGCCGUGAAUGCAAAGCUUUUGAUGGAUCCUAAGAGACAGAUGUCUCUAGAUCAGAACAUGCUGGGAGCUAUGGAUGAGCUGAUGCAGGCCUUGAAUUCCAACGGUGAAGCUGCACCACCAACCCCCUCCCAUGAAGAACUGGAUUUUUACAAAACCAAAAUCAAACUCUGCAUCCUCCUGCAUGCUUUCAGGAUCCGUGCUGUGACUAUUGACAGAAUGAUGAGCUACCUGAAUUCUUCUUAGCAAUCCCCCUAAAUCCAUUUUAAUCAAAAUUAGAACCAAAGAAAUUGGAAUAGUGUGCGGGUGAAGACUUGGGGGUAGGGGGUUAAAGGGGUCCUACCUACACUCAGGCAGGGCUCCCCCUGCUUCUGUGAGCUUUGAGGGAUGACCUGCACCUCCAGCUCCCUGGGGUCAGGUCCCUCACAUGUGCUGUGCAUGUUGUUUUCAAUUCGUGUGCAAAUUGUUCAGGAACAAAUAUGUCCACCCUGAUUGAACUUUUCAUAUCCUGUAUUAGAAGAGCAAGAAUUGAUAAGCUAUUUCUGUACCCAAGUGUUUAUAACAACAAACAUGCAUCAUUUAAGGAAUAUUUAUUGAUAAUAAUUUUAUAUUUAUGAAAACAUGUGAACUAUCUUAUA